AUGGCCCAUCUUCCCCCCGAGAUCCUGACCAUCAUCUUUCGAUAUCUUGGUCCCGCUAUAGACCCGUCCAUCUACUUUCGAGAAUUCGAUGCCCGGAGAGACCAGGUCAACGCACUCUAUGUCUGCCGUGCAUGGAACUUCCAUCUGUCGGCCGAGUUCCACCGCAACCUGGUCAUCCUCCAUCCCGAGCGCCUCCCGGCCCUGACUGUGGCCGUGCUUGCCAGCCGCCGUCUAGCAGAGGCUGCCCGCCACUUCAAGAUUCUUACUUGGACCCAGCAUACUCCGCCAGUCAAAUAUCCUGGGCCCCUGCCAGAGAAUGUGCGGGCUCGAGUUCGCCAGCUCAGCAAGUCGGCAGAGGAACAGGGGCAGUGGUGCAAUGAUCUCCUCAUCAACAAGGAGGACGCCUGGCUUGCGCUGCUGCUGGUCUCGCUCCCGAACCUGACCAGUUUUGGCUGUCAUUGGAGGCCCACCUAUGAUGAAUGGAUACCGAUAAUGGUGGCCCGGGCUGCAUACCAUGAGCUCACUCCACCUGCGUUGCAGCAUCUGGAACGCCUGGAGGUGGAGGAAGCCCAUGACGACGAAAGCAUGCCAGAAUAUCACGUGGCCCGCUAUUUCCUGCCCUUCUUCCAUCUUCCCUCCAUGCGGUCGCUGCACGCCAUCAACUUUAACGAGUACGAUACUGCUUCCCCAGAAAUCAACCACCCCGCAUUUCAAAGCGCCCCAGGGACAUCCCCGAUUGAGUCGCUGGAGUUAAGUUACUCCAAUGGACGAUACGGCCUAGCGGGGUUGAUCACCUCCUGUGCCAACCUGAAAUCUCUCGAUUAUCAGCAUCACUGGUCCACCCCUUCCUACAACUUGCAGUUCCGCCCCCGCGCGUUCUAUGAACCCCUGGCAACCCAGUCUCAUAGUCUGGAGGUGCUGCAUUUCAGCGACUGGGGUCCUGUGUAUUAUCCCUGGGCGGAUGAUGAUGAUGAGAAGGCUGCGGACGAGUGUGAUCGGUGGCUUGGGUCGCUCGCACAUUUCGAUCGGCUCCGCGAGCUUCACAUCCGCGCUCCGAAUCUCCUCAACUUCGACCAGCGGGACCGGGACGCCACUGGCCGCAUCAAGAAGCUCGCAGAUCUUCUUCCGCGAUCACUCAGGUCUCUAAAGCUGACGGAUUGCCCUAAGAAACAUACAACCGAUCUGGUAGACAACCUCGCCGACUUCCUUUCGCACCGCGAGGACAUGUUUCCGGGUCUGGAAAGGCUAACAAUCGUCACAAAGGUGGCGGAGGGCUCUUCCAGGGAAUUAUACUCUGGAUCUAAGCUCCGCAGGUCACCCUAUGGGAUACCGUUUAUACCGGUGCGAGUGGCCUGUGAGGAAGUGGGGGUCGAAUUUACUCUGGAUAUCAACGAGACCGGCGAGGGGAAUGAUUGGGAAUGGGAAGUGGAAGACAGGGAACUCGACGAAUUCUCAGAUGAUGAGUAG